AUCCCUUCAUUUUCAUUCCCACAUCUAGGUACACCAAUGCAAUGGGAUGGAACCAAGAAAUUUGCUGGUUUUAUGCCAGAAAAUUCAACCGCAAAACCAUGGCUACCAAUCAAUCAGAACUACAAAGAUGUGAAUGUUGCAUCCGAAAGAAAAAAUCCACACAGCACAUUGAAUUUCUACAAGCAAUUGCUACAACUGCGAAAACGAGAUACAUUCGCUCACGGUUCAUUCACUUCGACGGUCCCAAAUGAAAAUGUAUUCGCUUAUGUGAGAGAGCUUGAGAAUAGUGACACAUAUUGGGUGUUUAUCAAUUUCGGUGCCCUUGAACAGCGAAUUGAUAUGACAAAAAUUACGAUUGGUGGAAAAGUUCCUGGAGAACUCGAGCUGGCAGCUGUGGGCACAGACUCAUGCUACGUACGAGGUGCUACAGUAAAGGCGAAAGAAGUCGUUUUGAGAAAAUACGACACCAUUAUUUUGAAAACCAAACAUGAACAUUACAACGGAGCGGGCACUUCGCUUAUCGCAAAUAUGGAAACAACUUUUAAGUUCUUAGUCAUCGCAACUAUUUCGCACUUCUUUUCUAAAUGGGCCUAAUUAAUUGAACUGGCCGAAUAUAAUAUCAAAUAAGUCGAAUUAAUAAAUCGUGUAAAUGGGUUCUGAUCUUAGAUAAUCUUGAUCACUUUUAUGUAUGUUGGUGCUCCUGAUAUUAUCUCCAUUUGUUUACACGUGAUGUCGCACCCAUACAAAAUGCAUCAAAUAACUGGCUAACUUAUUACAAAAAUUACCUAAUCAGCAACACGUAAUCAGAUCCUAUUUCCAUAAUUUGAUAUAAAACAGCCUCGGCGUUUUCAAUGCAAAAAUUUCAUUUGAGAAAAUUUCUAAAAUUUGAGUGUAUACAUUUAUUAGGUUGUAUUCUUCUAUAAAGGUAGUCUGUAUUCAAUUAUGAUGAAAGUGUUAAAUGGAAAAUUACAUACAAAAUUAUCCGUUCCAAUUAAAUAAUAAAAACGUAUUCAAACAAUGGAAUUGUGUAUGCAAAGUAUACAAGUCUGAAUAUGAAAAUAAGAAAUGUUAUCCAAGUGUUCAUCUCUAGUUGUUUUUUUUAAAUGAAAAUCUACCUUUCCGUAUAGCUUUUUAAAGAAGGAAUAUCAAACGAAUACGUCUCUAUUAUUCAAAUAUUGUAAUUUAUUAUUAUCUUGAAUGAAUAUUUCAAUGUUAAUCGAUUACUUUGUAUUUAGAUGUUAUAAUGGGAUAUUUUAUGAUAUUUUUACAAAUUAUAACUGAUAAAAAAACGAAAUAUUCAAUACAAUAAAUAAUACAUGAUGUUAUUAAAAUUUAUUUAUUUUGCUUGUUAUCAGAGGUGUCCGUUAUCCUAUUGAUAAGCGUCCUGUGAUCCAAAAUACGAUUCCAAAGAGCAUCCAUUUACUUCUUCUUGCUUAAGCCUUUUUUAAUUGAUUUGAUCAAACCACCCUUUUUCUUUCCUUUGGAUUUCAAAACAGUAUUUGUCGUUAAUAAUCAUCCCAUUUAUUCAUUAACCGAAAAAUUAUUCUUACCGCGACUAUGGGGGCAUCCUGGUUGAUCACCACCACUACAGUACUUUAUAUUACGAUCUUCCUCUUUUUAUUCCAAACGAAAAGAUAUUAAAAUGAUUAAUAAUCUGAGAUAAUUUUCCGAAGAAUAAUACAACAAAAAUAUUCCAGAAUUUCGAUUUCGGAUACUUUUUAUGAGAAUGUUGGAGCGCAUGAAGAUGGAAUAUAUUUAGUAUAGAGCAGUAAUGUGCGAGCUACAUUUUACAGG